CUCUGCUGGGGAUAUUCUCCUGGUGAUGCUUUCAGCUCCCCUUAUCAUGCUGAUGGGGCCUUCUAGUGGAGAGCUGUAUGACGAUAGAGACUCCCCUCUCCUACGACCGCACCCCAUCAUGUAAAAUUUCUGUCGCAGACCCAUGGCAACGUCGAGUCGACACCUCAGUCGUUUCGUGAUUGACUUCCAGGAACAGCUAGGAACCAGGACCGUGGAAAAAUUAUAAGAAGGGCCUCAAAUCUUGUCUUGGAAUAACCAGCAAUCACAAGCGGGCUCGGCCUUUCAAUUCACAUUCACCUUCGCUCAAGACCAUUCGGGUUCUUACACCUUUAUAAUAACUCCUAUCAACUCCAUCAAAAUGCGUUUCUCUCUCGCUGCCCUCUCUACCGUCCUCCUUAUGGGCGCUGUCUACGCCGCCCCGGCCCCUGGUGGCAGUGACGACAAGGACGACGGCAAGACCAUCAACAUCGACCACCUCCAAUACAUCACCAACAAGUACACCUGUGUUGAGGAGAACCACACCAUUGAUCUCGGCCUCCUGGUCGAGGCUGGUGACGGCUGCGCCAAGAGCGCCUUGCUUGAGCUUGGCCUCCUGAACAUCCUGUAAGCCAGUGCAUCAAUGGCAUGGCUACGACUAGGUUGGGGUUUUGAAAAGCCGACCUACUAAAAUUGGGAAUAUUAUAAUCAAAACGGCGUUAUUUGUUUUUUGAUGGCUUAUAUGCGAGACUGUGUUCAAAAUGUAUCUAGGCUGUGGUGUUAGCUAGGUUUCCAAUGAUCAAGACAUAGUUGUCGCAAUUGUUGCGCAUCUACAGCGUAGUAGAAUUUGUGUGGUGGGUAUCAGAUAGUGGGAUCCAUUCAACACGGAAGAGACGUAGUAUUUCCAACUAUAGAUCCCA